AUGGUCGCUCCCUCUAUUUUCGGCCCUCACGCGCAGCGACGGCGAGACUAUCUCACAAUUCCUACUCGAAUGAGUGAUCCUCCUUUACCUCACUAUUCGCAGUUGCUCGAUGCACAGACAAGCCGUCCUUACUCCUUGACCGCCGACCCCUCGACAUGGGGUGUCGCCAACCUCAUGCCAGACUACCGCGAACCCGACGAUCGCCUCCACUACCCUGACUGGCGCAGGGAUCGAGGCAAGGAUAUGGGCGGGUCGAUCGCGACGUGCCGCGGCUUGACGAAUCUGGGAUGCGUAGUCCUGCUCUCGGUCCUGAUCGUCGCUCUAUUCGCCGGCUACCCUAUCGCGACGGCGUUGACCAAGACAGCGCAGUCCAGGAAUGGCGGCAAACGGCUCACCUCUACCCCAGGCUUCAAUCUCGGAGGCAUCAACGGGACGGGCCAGGUACCCAUGAUGCAGGGAAACUGGGGCCCUAUCGACCCAGACACGCCCGAAGAUGUCAGAAUCAAGACCGGGUGGACGAGCGAGGGAGAGUUCACCCUCGUCUUCUCCGACGAGUUCAACACAGACUACCGCACCUUCUACCCUGGCGACGAUCCCUUUUGGGAGGCCGUUGAUCUGCACUACUGGGGGACGAACAACCUCGAGUGGUAUGACCCCGAGGCGAUCACGACGAAGGACGGCGCGCUACGUAUCACGCUAUCCCAGAAGCCGGACCACGGCUUGGACUACAUGGGCGGGAUGCUGACGACGUGGAACAAGUUCUGCUUCACCGGAGGCAUCGUCGAAGUCGCCGUCCAGCUCCCAGGUGCCAGCGACAUCAGUGGUCUGUGGCCGGCUAUCUGGUCAAUGGGCAACCUAGGAAGGGCCGGAUACGGCGCGACGCUUGACGGGCUGUGGCCUUACAGCUAUGACUCGUGCGAUGUCGGGACCAUGCCUAACCAGACUAAGGGCGGUCUUCCCCUCGCUGCCACCCAAGACGGCGACACCAGCUACGGCGGCGCCCUCUCUUACCAAUCGGGCCAACGCCUCUCCCGGUGCACUUGUCCUGGUUCGGUGCAUCCGGGACCCAUGCACGCCGAUGGGACGCACGUCGGACGCGCGGCGCCGGAGAUUGACUUGUUCGAAGGUGAGAUCAUCGAUGCUACCCUCGGCGGGCAAGUGUCGCAGUCCUGCCAAUGGGCGCCUUUCAAUCACGCCUACGAAUGGCUCAACGACACCGGGGAUAGCAUGCAAGUCUACGACCCCGACAUCAGCGCGAUGAACGGGUACAAGGGCGGCGUAUACCAGCAAGCGACGUCGGUUGUGACGCAGACGAAUUACGCCUGCUACGAGCUCGAAUUCGGCUGCUUCGCAGUCUACGGCUUCGAGUACGUCCCAGGGUUCGAUGAUGCGAAAGCAUGGACCCUUCGACAAAGCGGGCUCGCUGAGGACCCACUCGUAGAGAUCGGACCUCGCCCUAUCCCUCAGGAGCCCAUGUAUCUGAUCAUGAACCUGGGCAUGAGCGAGAAUUUCGGCGAGGUCGAUCUAGAUCACCUUACAUUUCCAACCACCAUGUCGAUAGACUACGUACGGGUAUACCAGCCGUCGGACAAGAUUAACAUUGGAUGUGACCCUCCCGGAUUCCCCACGUCGGCGUACAUUGAUCAGUUUUACGAGGCGUACACGGUGCGCAAGCUUUGCACGGACAGCUUAUGGACUGACGGUAAACUUCAUUCAUACAGGAUCCCAACUUGA